CAGCAGUCGCGUUUUCCCGCGAAAGACAGGGUUCUAUUUUCUCCUAUAAGCUUCAUACUUAAUGUGCACAAGUUUAGCGCAGCAGUUUUAUUUUGGAUACAUUUUCCAGUAGGACAGGUCCAUGGAAUAUGUGACUUUGAAACAAGAUGGACGGAUGACUGGUACAAAGAUGCGGAUGUACAGAUUUCUGCUGACGCUCGCGGCCCUUGUUACAGCUGCGAGGGCACAGUCGUGUGACUUUGACGCAGGAUGGUGCAGCUGGACUGACAACAAUGGGCAAAUGGCUUGGGAUCGAUUGGACGGACUUGGUCCAAACUACGCAGUUCAUGCAUCACACCCAAUGUUCCCAGGAAGUGGUCCAGCUGAUGAUCAUACACAGCCAGUGGGAAACGAAGGCUGGUAUGUGAUGUCAAGUUGUGGAGGCUCAACUCAAGCCGGUGAUACAUCCACUAUCACCAGCCCUGACAUAAUCGGCCCCUGUACGCUGGAGUUCUGGUACACCAUGUACGGAGUAGACCUGGACAUGACAGUCUACCUGCUGCAGAAGGGACAGAAGACACAGGUCUGGCACAAGGAGGAUGUGAACGACGAUUUCUGGCAGAGUGCAAAUGUACAGCUGUCUCCUCCUCUGCAGGAUGCUUAUCAGGUUGUUUUUGAAUCAGUAAGAGGGAUCAACUUCUUGUGCAACGUGGCUUUUGAUGACGUCAAGUUAGCUCCAGCCCCACUGUUGAAUUGUGACUUUGAGAAUAGUGGCCCCUGUGCCCUGAGACAAGACAUCAGCGAUGUAUUUGACUGGAGAUGGCAACAGGGUCUAACAGAGACUCGGGAGGAUCUCAUCAACAGGAACUUCACCAUCCUCGCACCACAUCUGAUCACAGGACCGGAGUACGACGUUACACUCGGACCAGGAGGAAAUGGUACUUACAUGUACGUAGAGUCGUCAGUCCAGGCUGCCGGUCACCACGCUCGCAUGUCGUCUACAGAACUCAGCGGACAGUGCCUGGAGUUUUACUUCCACAUGCUGGGACCCCAAACUGGUACGUUGAAGGUUUUUCAGCAGUCUGUGUACGAGAACGACACAGCAGAACAGCUGAUAUGGGAGGCGUCCGGUAGUCAGGGCGACGUGUGGCACAGAGCAGCGGUCAACCUCAACAUCACCAACAACUUCUAUAUUAGUUUUGAGGCUGUGGUGGGUGGUUACUACAGUAACAUCGCCAUCGACGAAGUCAAGACCAUGGCUCAACCCUGCAACUUCUCCGGCGGCUGGGGCGAGUGGGAGGACUGGACGGCCUGUGAUGCGGAGUGUGACGGCGGGACCCAGUCCAGGGCGGCGUACUGUGAGAACCCCUACCCUGUCUUCGGGCACGGGUGUGAGGGGGACGACGAUGGCGACAUGAAGAGGGUAGAAAUCAGGACGUGUAACACACAGCCUUGUCCCACUACCGCUGUGCCGACUACCCCUCCUAAAACAACCGAUGAAACAACGUUGGAGACAACCACCAUGACGACGCCUGAACCAACCACAACGGCGCAGACGACAACCGAAGAAACUACAACCAUGGCAACCACCACCAUGGAGACCACUGUAGAAACCACUGUCGUCACUACGCCAGAGCCAACCACAACAGAGGAACCAACAACCACUCCCAUGGCAACGACUACGGAAGAACCAACCACAACUGAACCAGAAGUGACGACAGAGGCUGAGGUAACCACGGUGGAAGAGACCACCACUGACGUCAUCACAACGACAGAGGAAGUGACAACAGCAGAAGUGACGACGGCGGAAGUUACGACAGCGGAAGUGACGACAGAAGAACCAACUACAACAACCUUGCUCACCACAACGACGGUAACAACAACCGUAGCGCCUACAACGGAACCCAUCACGACUGAACAACCAACGACUACACCACCGCCCACCACCAAACCUACCACAACAAAACCCACGACUACAGCCAAACCCACUAUUGCCACAACAACUACUAAAGUACCACCCACAACUCCACCCCUUAAGCCUGAUGUCACCACGCCACCAGGAAAACCCGUGACGCAGAAGCCAGCUCCGCCAGAGAAGACCGACAAGCCCGGAGGAGAGUUCGCCAACCUUCAGGGAGGGGAGGCGCCGAAGUCGAGCAACACGGGGAUGGUGGUGGGGGUGGUGUGCGGGCUGCUCGCUCUGCUGCUCCUCCUGCUCGCCCUCAUCCUCUUCAUCAGGAAGAAGAAACAGAAGAACGCGGGCAGAGUCUCCCCCUCGCCGGAGGAGUCGGAACUGCAGCCUCCACCACCAAGGCGCCACCAGUGGGAAGCUCCCGACUCGGAGGCGUAA